GAGAGCUCUGGUAAAGAAUGAGUCGGAAAGAGAAACACUACAGGACAGCAGCAUCAAGCGAAGACGGUACCGUGUGCGGCUGACACUGCACCGAUGAAAACAAGACACACACAAUUAAGGAUUGUCCGCCUGUUUUUAUUUUAAUUUGGUCAAUGUCUGGUUUAGCCAAUUAUAUUGCCCCGACAACGCGUUUACAUUUUGUCAGUAUUUGCACGAUUGCAGUGGAUAUUUCAUUUGGAAGCUUCGACCUGCUUGUUUUUGGAUUCUGAAUGGAAGCUGCAGCAGAGGGAGCGGCGAGCCUGUCGGUAGCGGCGGAAGGGAGUCCGUUAACCGGGGCUGUGGCGUCUGAUGAGACCGAGACUGUCAUCGGUGUCAGCUACGGAAUGGACGCCGGAGAUAUAGAGUCCGCUGCGAAGAAGGCCUUCGUGACGGAGAUGGCCUCCUCCUCUGGACUGCCCGGCUUGGGCCCCGCUAAGAAGAUCGGCCACAGGGGAGUGGACGCGUCCGGAGAGACCACUUAUAAGAAGACCACGUCCUCGGCCCUCAAAGGCGCCAUUCAGCUGGGCAUCGGCUACACCGUGGGCAACCUGAGCUCCAAGCCCGAGAGAGACGUGCUGAUGCAGGACUUCUACGUGGUGGAGAGCAUCUUCUUCCCCAGCGAAGGCAGCAAUCUGACUCCGGCCCACCACUUUCCGGACUUCCGCUUCAAGACGUACGCCCCCGUGGCGUUCCGUUACUUCCGGGAGCUCUUCGGCAUCCGGCCCGAUGACUAUCUGUAUUCCCUCUGCAACGAGCCCCUGAUUGAGCUGUCCAAUCCGGGGGCCAGCGGCUCCGUCUUCUACGUCACCAGGGACGACGAGUUCAUCAUCAAGACCGUCAUGCACAAGGAAGCAGAAUUCCUGCAGAAGCUGCUGCCUGGAUACUACAUGAACCUGAACCAGAACCCCCGCACCCUGCUCCCCAAGUUCUUCGGGCUGUACUGCGUCCAGUCGGGGGGCAAGAACAUCCGCGUGGUGGUGAUGAACAACAUCCUGCCGCGCGUGGUGCGCAUGCACCUCAAGUACGACCUGAAGGGCUCCACCUACAAGCGCCGCGCCUCCAGGAAGGAGCGGGAGAAGGCCAAGCCCACCUUCAAGGACCUGGACUUCAUGCAGGACCUGCAGGACGGCCUGAUGCUGGACACCGACACCCACAGCGCCCUGGUCAAGACCCUGCAAAGGGACUGCCUGGUUCUGGAGAGCUUCAAGAUCAUGGACUACAGCCUGCUGCUGGGGGUGCACAACCUGGACCAGGCGGAGCGGGACAGGCAGACCGAGGGCUCGCCGGGCUCCAGCGACGAGAAGAGGCCCGUGGCCCAGAAGGCCCUGUACUCCACCGCCAUGGAGUCCAUCCAGGGGGCCGCGGCCUGCGGCGAGUCCAUCGACACCGACGACACAAUGGGCGGCAUCCCUGCAGUCAACAGCAAAGGGGAGCGUCUCUUGCUCUACAUCGGAAUCAUCGACAUCCUGCAGUCCUACAGGCUAAUAAAGAAACUGGAGCACACAUGGAAGGCUCUUGUUCAUGAUGGAGACACGGUGUCCGUCCAUCGGCCCUCUUUCUAUGCAGACAGGUUCUUCAAGUUCAUGAGCAGCACCGUCUUCAGGAAGAACUCUUCUUUGAAGUCCUCCCCCUCUAAGAAAGGCCGAGUGGCGCUGACCGUGCCCAAAUACUCGGGUCCCGGGGCAGCCUGGUCGGCCAGCCAGCUGCCCUGCGACCGCGACGACAACAUCUUCGACCUGCGAGGGGCGCGCAGCUUCCCCACUCUGGAGGAUGAGGGUCGGCCAGACCUCCUUCCCUGCACCCCUCCAUCUUUUGAGGAGGCCACCACAGCGUCCAUUGCCACCACGCUGUCCUCCACCACCUCUCUCUCCAUUCCAGAGCGCUCCCCUUCAGACACCUCUGAGCACCCUCGCUACAGGAGGCACACCCAGUCUCUAGGACAUGAGGGAAGGUUUUGGAGCAGGACGCAUGUGCAGGAGGAGGAGCAGCAGACCAUCACAGUGGAGGUGGAGGUCAAGAGACACGACAGCGAGCCCUGCAUGGCUGCUCCCCAGCCCUCUCCAGAGCCCAGCGAGGUUCCUGAGGCGGCAGUAGCGUCCUCCGCCACCCCGCCGCCCAGCCCCAAGGUGGUGGUGGAGCCCGACACGAGCAGCCAGCUGUCCGGCUGCGCCAGCCAAGCCUCCGUGGAAGAAGGGGAGGACGUGCCAAUCACAGACAUCUACUUUCAGCCUCCCGAGGACAGGAGCUGGGUGUACUCUCCGCUGCACUAUGGCACAGACUCUCAGCCCGUGUCAGACGGGGAGAGCGAGACAUAAACUUGGCGGCUGAAGGAAUCGAGGCGGGGCGGCGUCUCCGGAUUGGAGCCCAUCGACACUGGGCAACGCCCAUCACCAGCCCUCCCACGCUGCCAGGGGACGCGAUUCUGCCCAGCCUCUCUUUCUCAAAGAAACAAAACAAGAGGAACCUAAAAGGGACAAAACAAUGGGACUAAAUCCCCAGACUACCCGCGGACUCUUCCUGAUGGCGCUCGGCAGCGCCCCCUGUCACUCCAGCCGAUAUCGCACACACUAGGACAAGGCGAACUCCAAACCGCUGUAGUCUUGCAUGCCCCAUCAGUAAGUUCUAGUGUGGUUUCCCUCUGUUUGCCCCGCCCCUUUUUAGAACACAGAAGGGUUCAGCCUGUCACAUUCUAGAUCCAGCCCUUAAUAUCAGCUAAAACAGUUCAACUUUUUACAGUUACAGUUCUGUUUAUUUAUAUAUCAUGCUUAUGCAUACUAUUGUUUUUUUUUUUUUUUUUAAUCAUGAAUUACAUUUUUUUUUAUUUGUGCACUUUUCAAACGAUUUUAAAACUGUGAACAUAUUUUAAAUGUCUCUUGUAUGUUAAAUGUAGGGGAACACUACUGUCGGUCAGAGGGGUUUUUAACAGCUUCUGGUGUUCUGGUUGGUUUGUGCUCGUCUGCUUGGGUUUCUGUGAUUUCUACUGGAUCUGCUGCUCUCCACAGCUGGGGAACAUCCAAUCUGCAUCUCACAAAUCCUCCCCAUUUCAUUUGUUAUUUUCAGCUAAUAUUUAUUUAAAUCAAGGGGAAAUGAAGUCUCUUUCUGUGGUUUUACUGUUUUGUGAGACAUUCAGUUUGACUCCUGCAAGUACUGAUGACUUCACUAUAUCGCUUGUACUUUUAUGGAUUUCUGUCAUUUAAAACCCACUUUUGAUCAUUUUCUUCACGGCUCUUGUGACAAUACAAUUAAAUGCUUGUAGGGUUCUUGUUUGUCUGUUGAUGCAAAUGAACCAAAUGGUCAAAUUAGAAGUUUUUAUUUCAAGGCUAACAGUGUCGGGACUUAGUCUCAGUGUCUUGAAGUUAUUUGACAAGGAGGAUGUCUUCCAGGCAAGGCCUAACAUUUGAGAAACCCAGCUGUCACUCAAAGCUGUGCUUUGGGAAAUUACAGGUGAGCUGCAGAAUCUGGCAAACUGCAGGCAUUACCCAAAAACACAGUCUGACUCAUAGAGCCUAAUUAUGCCAUCCCUUUACCGUAGGUUAGUCUUUCCUGUAGUCACAGUGAUGGCAUUUCCAUCAUGAUUCUAUGGGUUUUGUAUGAGAGCUCUCCUUUUAAGUUAGGGGGGGUGAUAUCCCUUCAGUGUCCUCAGUUUGGUUAUUUUAUUUUACUCUGCUGUCUGCGUGUGCGUCUGUGUGUUUUGUGUGUGUGCGUGCAGUCGUGCAUGUGUGUAUGUGUCUGUGCGUCUAUGUGUGUUGUGUGUGUCUGUGUCUGU